GAGGCGGGCUACCUGAACACAGGCUUCAACGCCAAGCUCGAGGUCUUCACCUCCCGGGAGUUCAAGUGCUGUGGGGCCGUUGGCGGCGUCGCUUCGCUGGGGAAGAGAGGAUCCAGCGUCUCGGACCAGGAGAUCGGCGUGGGCGGGACGUGCCAGUGGGUCGUGGGCUCCCUCGACAAGAACACGACGAUCAGCUUCUUCUUCGACGUCACGAACACGGGAGAGGGCCAGAAGCCCGGCACGGGCCAGCAGAAGCAGUCCUUCCUGCAAUUCCAGACGUGCUACCUGCACUCGUCUGGGCGAAAGCGCCUCCGGAUCACGACCUGCUCCAACCGGAUGACGGAGACGUCGGAUUCGAGCAUGAGUGACAUCGCCACUGGCUUCGACCAGGAGGCCGCGGCGGUGCUGAUGGCGCGGUACGCCGUCUGCAAGUGCGAGCAGGAGGACCCUCUGGAUGUGCUCAGAUGGGUCGACAGGAUGCUCAUCAGACUGGUAGCGAAGUUCGCCGACUACCGCAAGGAUGAGCCGGCCUCGUUCAACCUCAGCCCAGAGUUCUCCAUUUUUCCGCAGUUCAUGUACCACCUGCGCCGCGGCAGCUUCCUGCAGACCUUCAACGCGAGCCCCGACGAAACGGCGUACUACCGGACCAUCAUCUUCCGCGAGAACACCGUGAACUCCCUCGUCAUGAUACAGCCCGCGCUGCUGCAGUACUCCUUCGACGAGGGCCCGCCCCAGCCGGUGCUGCUCGACGCAGGGUCGCUGAAGCCGAACGUCAUCCUGCUGCUGGACGCCUUCUUCCAGGUUGUGAUCUGGCGAGGGGAGAUGAUCCAGGCGUGGUACGACCAGGGCUACCAGGACAAAGAGGAGUACGCAAACUUCAAGGCGCUGCUGAUAGCGCCCGCGGAGGACGCCAAGCAUAUUCUGAACGAGCGCUUCCCGGCGCCCAGGUUCAUCCAGACGAACGCGGGCGGCUCGCAGGCGCGCUUCCUCACGUCGAGGGUGAACCCCUCCACGACGCACAACUCGACGGCCGGGGGUUUCAGCAACCAGGUCGCCGAAUCGUCCGUCGUGGUGACCGACGACGUGUCGCUGAAGGUGUUCAUGGAGCACCUCAUCAAGAUGGCCGUCCAGUCCUGAGAGCCCCCGCGGCCGCCGCAGCCCAGCCGGCGGGCAGCGGUGCCGCCCGCCCGCCGCGGCGGGGGCUCCGCCCCUCUCGGCGGCGCGGGCCCAGCGGCGCCUCUCCGCGGGCGGGGGCGGUGCAGUGCCCCCGCGGCGAGGUGCGCAGGCGUAGCCAAAGGGGCUCUACGCCCCGCGUGCUUCCUUUUUUUGUUCAUCCGCGCUGCACAGUCUUUCGUCUUCUUCCCCCAGCGCUGAGGCCCGCGCGGCACGCAAGCGCCCGAGAGACACGCCGUCGGACGAUGGCAGCGGCGGAAAGGACAA